CAAAGGAGGAUGCGGAGCUGCGUGCGGGAACUAAAUCCCGUUAAUAUGCUUUUCUUGUGCUUUAGGAGACCGACAUAACACACAACCAUGUAACAGCUGUCCAUAUUUCUAUGGAUAAAUGAAGUGGCGCAGGAUUCGCUGGAGGACGCGGGGGGAGAGAGAGAAUGUACUGGGUCGCUGGCUUCGCCUCCUCCCGGUCCUUCGUGGUUGAUCUCGGCCGGAAUCAGAGCCCGUCCUUCGGGUUGUGUGGCUCUGAUGAGCGUCACUUAUUUUAUGGCUACAUAGUCGCCGUCCCUGUGCAGGAUUUCGGCGGGAUCAUGUCGGGAUUGGUGUCGGAUUCCUGGUGGAGGAAGACGCUUUACAUCACGGGAGGAGCUCUGCUGGCCGCGGCUGCGUAUCUGCUGCACGAGCUUCUCUCCAUCAGAAAAGAUCAACAGUUGGAUUCUAAAGAUGCCAUCAUCCUUCACCAGUUCUCCAGGCCAAAAAAUGGGGUCCCAAGCCUGUCACCUUUCUGCCUGAAAAUGGAGACCUAUCUGCGCAUGGUGGAUCUGCCCUAUCAAUGCUACUUUGAUGGAAGUCUCUCCGCUCAGGGUAAGAUGCCCUGGAUUGAGUAUAACUAUGAGCAGGUGUGUGGGACCGAGUUCAUCAUUGAGUUUCUGGAGGAGAAGCUGGGCAUGAGUCUGAAUAAGAGUCUGAGCGCUCAGGAGCAGGCAGUAGCGCAGGCCAUCACUACCAUGGUGGAGGAGCAUUUAUACUGGAGCAUAGCGUACUGUCAGUGGGUGGAUAAUGUGCAGGAGACUCAGAGGAUGCUGGAUCUCCCCGGACCCCUCAGUGACCUGCUGAAGUGGAUCCUGUGUCAGCUGACAGGUGGGAUGGUAAAGAGAGAGAUGUACUGCCACGGCAUCGGCAGCUUCACUAAAGACGAGGUUUAUUCCCUCAUGGAGAAGGACAUGCGCACGCUGGCCACGCUGCUGGGUGACAAGAAGUACAUCAUGGGCCCCAAGCUGUCCAGUGUGGAUGCCACAGUGUUUGGACACCUUGCACAAGCCAUGUGGACUCUGCCUGGCACACGACCCGAGCAGCUCAUUAAAGGAGAACUGAUCAACCUGGCCAUGUACUGUGAGCGCAUACGGAGGAAGUUCUGGCCCGAAUGGUUUGUGGAUUUAGAGGACUUCUGCUACGACAGUGACAACGACACCAGCAGCGGGACGCCCCCCUGCCCGCUGGACCUGGGUCUCUUUUCCAGGACAGACACAUUGGAGGAGAGCGAUCUAAGCCUCCCGUCACACAGUAACUCAGAGCUCUCCGGACACUCGCUCUCAGACUCGGACAUUGAAGUUGAUGGCUCGGACGGGGAGCAGAAGGUCAAGGGUUAAAUCAAGGGUUUCAUCUUGGAUGCAUAGUUGCUGAUAUGGACAUUUCUUGCUUGGAUGAAUCACUCUUUGAUGGACCUCAAGUGAACACAAAACGCGACGUGACAUCAGUCAUGGAUUCAAUAUUAUCACAACGCACACUUUAGUUCUCUUUGUGAGGCGUGUGUAGAAGGUCGUCCGUUCUUGAACAGUCUCCUUGGUAUAAACAUUAUGCUUCCAUUCUUGUUAAUGAUCCAAUAUGAAAAUGCGGUCAUCCUUUUUGUUGCUGUUUUUAAAACACAUAUAUGGAUUGUCUUUCACCUUCAGAACACGAUAUUUUUAGCAUAUCAUGAGAGAUUUCUGUCCCUUCACUUAAACUCUAGUGCUUUAUAAUAUUCAUAAAGUCAAGUGACAAAUCUUUGUUAUUAUUAUCAACUAAAUAAGAUUAUAAAAAUAAGAAUAAGACGAGCAUCAAACAUACAUAAGAUAAGCAGCAGACAUACAUCACUCAUUUAAAAGCUUUGAAAUAUGAAUUUGUUUCAAUUUAAUAAUACAUUUAUUGUUAAUAAAAUGAUCGAUGUAUUAUAAAAAUGUAGAAUACAUUCAUAUAUUUAAUUUGUAUGAUAUGUAAUGAAAACUGUUAACAUAGCUUGAUUUUCCUCUCUGCAUGAUGAUGUUGCAGGGUUUGGUUUUUCAAAUGAACACUUUUUAAGUGUUUAGAUAUCCUUAUACUUCAUCAGAUAUCCUGUGCUCACUAUGUAGGGAGCUUAUCAAUCAGAAUCUCCAGCCUGAUCUCAUGAGGACACAUAACUAUUUCAUGUAUUGUCUGAAAAGUGGCUAAUUUGUACAAAUUUAUAUGAUUCCAUUCGUAUGAAAACAUGAUUUUUAAAAGGAGGGGUUCCCUGAAACCCACCCUUAAUCCUAACUAUUAUUCGCAGAUUGUAUUAAAAUGUACAAAUGAGAUAAUUUAUACAAAUUGGUCACUUAAUCAAAAAGUUACUAGAUUGCGCUGGAUGGUUUCCAUUUAUUAUAGCUUCAAAUUUGAUCACUGAAGCUCAAUCAUGCUUGAUUGAUGUGCAAGAACCAAUGAGUUUUUUUCUUCUAUGUGACAUCAGCACAAGGGCGUAGAAUUAGCAUAGACGAAUGGGACGUGUCCCUACCAAUAUCCAACAAUUCCUGAAAUGUCCCUACCAAUAAUUUAAUUGACUUCAAAAUAGAGAAAUGCUCCUUCAACUCUUAACCUACACGUGUACCAAGUCAAGUACACUAUAAGUUCACCACAAUAUUAUUAACCAAGGCUGUGCAAAUAAUCAAAAUUCAGUUUUGAUUUUAGCCUCCAUGAUUAUGAAAAGCAAUGAUCGGGAUAAAACAGUUAAAUUGUGUCACACACCUCUCUAAAUUUCUCUACACUCAUACCUCCUCAAAGUCCGACUGCUGUAAAGUCUUUAGAAGACUUGGAAUAAAUCACUUGACUCCUAUAGAUUUAUUUUUUUAAUCUCUCUUUGAAUAUUUUGAGGGGUCAGAGUUUUGGAUGAGGACAAUUUCAAUAGAAGGACAGAAAUCUCUUAAAAAUAUAAAAAAUAUCUUAAUUUGUGUCUCGAAGAUGAAUGAAAGUCAUGAGUUUGGAACAACACAAGGGGAAGUAAAUAAUGACCGAUUGUUCAUUUCGGGUUGAACUAACCUACAAAUGAACAUUUCAUUCAGGAAAACAAGCAUUUUACACUUUCCUGAGACCUCUCACUAGUUUUGUCAGACCAGUCAAGGCGUUUCUAUACAUCUGUUUUCUCCCAAACACUGAUGAAAUAUGUUUCUGAACAGAAUCAUGUAGCGAAACACUAGCUUGCAUGAUUCUAGGAUGUUUAGUUGUUUUUUUAGUGACAAACUGGUUUCCUUUGUGCUAACUGAAACUAAAUAUCUGUAAAUUCCUGUUCAUAACUAAUAAUCCUUGCUCCCAUAAAAGCUAAAAUAGGAUUGAUGAAGAUGGAUGAAGGGAAUUAUGAAGCAUUUAAUCCCGGUUCUAUCCGCUUAAACUAGAAAAACGAGAAUCACAAACUAAUACAAUCCUAGUCACUCCAGUGUGUGUCAUCAGUGUCAGCUGACUCUAGAUCAGUCUGAAUGGUGCUUAAUGCCCGUGUGCCUGACUGCAAUUAUUAAUAUGUGUCUCUUCAUCCUCAAGUCUCUCUUUUCUGUUCGGUUUUUGUGAUUCAGACCUGCUUGCAUGUCACCACCAGAGGGCACUGUGAGCUUUCAUAUGAUGAGUGGAGCCUAAGCGGACACUCGCAUCGCAUUGCUUCAAGCUUCUGCCUUAAAAAAACAACAACGUUUUUUUAAAUAUUAAUGAUAACAACAGUGAACCUCUAGUGAACACUUAAGCGGUCAACUUUGGUGAGUUAUUUAUUAUUUUUCUUUAUCCGUGCGUCUUAUUUGUGUAUCUAAGUGAAGUGGAUACAUGGGAAGAGUUUCCUUACGAAAAUUAACAAUUGAGGUAAAGUUGGUUUUAAAUUCGCACAUUCAUUCAGUGACAACUUGUGG